AACGCAUUCUUUGGGAUGUCUGUCUUUUUUUGCAUACUUCUGCUUUUCUUUCAACUUCAUGCAAAGGCAGAAAAGUCUCUUUGCCGUAUGAUGGGAGACCCUAAGUACCCGCUCUUAUCAAAGGAUGGAGACGUAACUAUUGGAGCACUUUUUCCAGUCCACAGCAUAGAGACAGUACCUUCAUUUAAGUUCAUGCAAAAGCCUCAGCUUUUAUCAUGCUCAAGUGUGAGUCUACGAGAUUUUCGAAUGGCUCAAAUCAUGAUCUUUGCCAUUGAGGAGAUUAACACAAGUGUAACUUUACUUCCAAAUGUUUCAAUUGGUUACCAAAUUUAUGAUACCUGUGGUUCAAUACUAUCUUCUAUGGGUGCAAAUAUGGCAUUAAUGAAUGGUCAAGAAUUUGUAUCAGGGGACAGAUGCAAUGGACAGUCUCCUAUACAUGCUAUCAUAGGAGAAACAGAGUCUUCCAACACAGUGAUUUUGUCCAGAACUACUGGGCCUUUUAAAAUUCCUGUGAUAAGUCCCUCAGCCUCAUGUGAAUGCCUCAGUAAUAGAAAAGAUUAUCCCUAUUUCUUUAGGACUAUUGCUAGUGAUUACCACCAGAGCAGAGCAAUUGCAUACAUAAUCAAGCAUUUUGGCUGGUCUUGGGUGGGGGCUGUGAACAGUGACAAUGAUUAUGGAAACUAUGGAAUGGCUAUAUUUCUAAAUACAGCUGAGAAAGAGGGCAUUUGUGUGGAGUAUUCUGUGAAAUUUCAGAGAAAAGAGCCUGAAAAACUCAGAAAUGUUGUAGACACAAUAAAAAAAGGCACUGCAAAAGUCAUUAUCGCAUUUCUGACCAAUUUUGAGAUGAACAAUCUACUUGAUCAGUUAAUUAUUCAGAACAUGACGGGCCUACAAGUAAUAGGUGUGGAGGCAUGGAUAACAGCAGACAGUAUGAUCACUUCAAAUAGUUUUCAAGUUCUAGGAGGAUCACUAGGGUUUGCAGUGAAAAAAAAUAAUAUUGAAGGUUUUGCGGAUUUUGUUAUAAAAGAAUUCUGGGAAACAGCUUUUCCAUGCACACAGACUGAGGGCAAUUCUUCACAAAAUGAAUUAAUUUGCAACGUAUAUCAGGAUCUCCUUGUGCUGAAAAGCAACAAUGAAGAUGUGCCAGAACAAAGAUAUGCUAGCAACGUCUACAAAUCAGUUUAUGCUGUGGCUCAUUCACUACACAAUCUGCUAAAGUGCAAAGAAAAGGAGGGUUGUAAAACAGAUGCGAAAAUACAACCACAGCAGGUGGUUGAGGCUCUGAAAAAGGUAAAUUUUACCAUAAAGAUGGGAGAUCAUGUGUGGUUUGACAGCACUGGUGCAGUUGUAGCCCAAUAUGAAGUUGUGAACUGGCAGCAGGACUCAAAUGGAUCAAUCAAGUUUAAAACAGUUGGAUACUAUGAUGCCUCACUGCCCCCUGACCAGCAUUUUGUACUCAACACUGAAAACAUAAUCUGGGCUGGAGGACAGCUCGAGAAACCAAGGUCUGUGUGCAGUGAGAGCUGUCCUCCAGGCACUAGGAAGGCUGCACAGAAAGGAAGACCCGUCUGCUGUUAUGACUGUAUCCCAUGUGCAGAAGGAGAAAUCAGUAAUGAGACAGAUUCAAAUAACUGCAAGCAGUGUCCAGGGGAAUACUGGUCUAAUGCUGAGAAAAAUAAAUGUGUGUUAAAGGCUGUAGAGUUUCUGUCAUUCACAGAAGUUAUGGGUAUAGUGCUAGUCUUUUUCUCACUCUUUGGAGUAGGAAUAACAGCGCUGGUAGCUGUACUGUUUUACAACAAAAAGGACACCCCCAUAGUAAAAGCCAACAACUCAGAACUGAGCUUCCUGCUGCUCUUCUCAUUGAUUCUGUGUUUCCUCUGUUCACUUACUUUCAUUGGUCAGCCCACUGAGUGGUCCUGUAUGUUACGUCACACUGCGUUUGGAAUCACUUUUGUCCUCUGUAUCUCCUGUGUUCUGGGGAAAACAAUAGUGGUGAUAAUGGCCUUCAAGUCGACACUUCCAGGAAGUAAUGUCAUGAAAUGGUUUGGGCCAGCACAACAACGACUCAGUGUUCUUGUCUUUACACUAAUACAGAUUUUUAUCUGUGUACUAUGGCUAACAAUAUCUCCUCCAUUCCCUUACAAAAAUAAGAAAUAUUACAAAGAAAAGAUUAUUCUCGAGUGCAGUCUGGGUUCUACUAUAGGUUUUUCUGCUGUUCUGGGUUAUAUUGGCCUACUGGCUGUCUUGUGCUUUAUUAUGGCUUUUCUGGCUCGCACACUGCCUGAUAAAUUCAAUGAAGCAAAAUUCAUUACAUUCAGUAUGCUUAUAUUCUGUGCUGUAUGGAUCACAUUUAUCCCAUCUUAUGUUAGCUCCCCAGGGAAAUUAACUGUAGCUGUGGAGAUAUUUGCAAUUUUAGCUUCAAGCUUCGGUUUACUAUUUUGCAUAUUUGCACCGAAAUGUUAUAUAAUCAUGUGUAAGCCUGAACAAAAUACAAAGCAGCAUAUGAUGGGGAAGAUUUACAACAAAUAA